AUGGGCCGAAGAAAGAGGGACCCAGAACAGGCGCUGGAAGAGCAAGUAGAUGAAGUUGAACAGCGCACUGCUACCCCGAGCAACCCGGUGGAGGAAGACAGUGUCGUCGAUUACUCCGAUAAAGUUUAUCUAACAAUAGAAGACCUUGAAUUGGUUCGUGAAAAUGAACCGAUUUGGCGGCGACUUCGGAUCGUUUUAAUUGUUUUGUUCUGUGUCCUUUGGGCUGGCCUAGUACUCGGAGUUGUGCUGACAGUGGUUUUGUCUGAUCGAUGCCCUCCAAGACCAACGCUGAGUUUUUGGCAAUCAAAAGUUGCAUAUUACCUCGACCCAUUUGCGUUCAGUGAUUCUGGUAGCGAUUGGAUCGGUGAUCUCCAGGGGUUGCGAAGCAGUAUGGGGUACCUGCAAGAGACUCUGGGUGCUGGAUUUGUCAUUAUGAAUUCCAUCAUGAAAGGACAAUACAGAGUGGAUCGAAAAAGUUUGGGCGAGGUUACCGACUUCAAAAGUGUCGACCCUGCUCUUGGCACUAUGAACGACUUCAGACAUAUGUUAAAAGCGUUUCACAAAAGUGGACUGGAGGUGGUUAUUGCUUUGGAUUUCAAUGGAAUAUCCCAAGAUCAUCCAUGGAUUAACGAUACGACUCAUUUAAAAGAAUACGACGAGAGCCUACAUUGGGUGUCUAGAAAUGGUAAACCACCUUUCAUGGAACAUGAUGGCAAAAAGUAUUACUCAGUGGAUAAUAAGCUUUUCGAUCUACAGUUCGGAAACGAGAAGAUUUUGGAAAUGAUUAUUGAUGUUGUGAAAUUUUGGCUUCAAGAGGGUGUCGAUGGUAUUCUUCUCAAAAACUGCGCCUUUUAUGUUGAAUCAGAUCAACCCACGUCAUCCGCGGCAAGAAACAUAGAAAAUCCAUGGCUGGCCGAAUUGCCUACUGCUCAACUAUUUCAAAACGGAAGCGUGACAGUUGUGCAGCGAGUUCGUAAAGUUCUCGACGACUACAGUGCCUCAAAGGGUAGAGAGAAAGUUCUGAUCGCUGAUCCCGGCGACACGGGCUUCGGUGCACAGCAGCUGUCGACCAUGAUUGGAAGUUUCCUUGGCACCAACAAAGAACCCGGAGCCCAUUUGGUAGUUUCGCGUCAAUUUGUUACCAACAGUGGUUCAAAGGAAGCAUCGAUGAAUACAGGUCAAAGUUCAGCACAUUUGGUGGCAUAUUACAAUUCAUCGGAUGAAAAAACCAAGUCCCUCGCCUUGCCUACCGCUACUGAUAGUGACUUGAUUCAUAACGACCUCUUCCUACUGGUCGCUGUAUUUUUAUUUCCCGGAACACCGGUAGUUUAUUACGGUUCGGAACUUGGAAACCACUACAAGAUUACAUCGGACUCCCCAAAAGAAGUAUAUCCAAUGGGAAAAGUUCCGAACACUGAGCAACCGCCGACGGAAUCGACGCUCGCCUGUCAACUCCCGAUGCCGUGGUCAUGGUCUGGAGAUAAGUUUUCUGCCAAAGGAGAUGAUCCUGACCGUUUCACACGAUUCCUUGAUUCUUACGGAUUAACUGAAACAAUGGAGUCAGUUACUGCGGCCGCUCGUGGUUCCAGUUAUUUUAGUGUGGUGAAGAAAUUGGUCGAACUUCGACAAUCACCUAGUAUGCUGUGGGGCAACCUUGAAGUCAUACAAACGAACGAAAAAAGUAGCGGUGAGUCAUUUGUCGCUUGGACCAACUCACUGGGUACAGUACAAAAGACACCAAGAACAUACACACGCAGGUACAAGCGUGAGCUAAACUAUCAACCAACCUAAAACGCACAUGUGCCGGUCGACAGGGAACUGACUAUACCCUUGGAAAGAGACAUGACCGGCAUUUUGUAACCACAGUUUCACAAUGACCAUAAGCUGAAUGGUCCAACCCACAUUGAUGAUUCGCUGAUAUGAUGA